CUGAGACGCUAAGUAGCAGAAAGGAUGCAGAGAGGACAGCCAAACCCCGAAUUUGAGACUGACGACUUUCGUCACUGGCAAAGGGAGUUUAGUCAACAACAAAAAGUUGUGGAUUCCCAGAGGCCAAGCCCACCAAGAGAGCCAGUUCGACGAAUUGUGCUAAUUGGAAAGACAGGACAUGGAAGGAGCGCAUCCGGAAACACUAUCCUGGGAUGCACCAGAAGAGAGGACUGGAAAUUUAAGGUUACAACAGGCGUGACAUCUGGACUGCAGCAGUGUGAAAAACAUGAAACUGUCAGAUUUGGGAAAAGGCUUGUCGUGAUUGACACCCCGGGGUUAUUUGACACAAAUUCAGAUUGCACUGAAACAGAGAUCGGGAGGUGUGUGUGUCUGUCUCAACCAGGCCCGCAUGUCUUCCUCCUCGUCAUCGGUAUAAACACUAGGUACACUACGGAGGAGAAAGAAACCAUUGAACAUUUUGAGCGGAUGUUUGGUGAGAUGGUAAAGCCAUACACCAUCGUUCUUUUUACAGGGAUGGACGAAUUGGAAUAUGGUGGGGAGACACUUGAGGAGCGAUUAAGUAGGGAUGAACAGUUUAGGAAUCUUGUACAGAAGUUUGGGAAUAAAUACCAUGGAAUAAAUAACAGAAGACAUGACGAUGAACAAGUGAGGAAGCUUGUUGACAAAAUAGAGGAUGUAUUGAACGACAAUGAGGGGCAUUUUUACACCAAUAAUAUGUACGAAACUGCUUCCAUUGAACUUCACAGGGAGAUUGAAAACAUUCUGAGGGAAAAGUUGCCAGAUAUCAUAGACAGAGAGCAAAGAUGUAGGAGUGCUGCAGAGAUUGAUAACCUCUGGUGUGAAGAGGUUAAAGCAACUGUAGAGAAAGCAACUUGCAUCGUUGCAACAAUUUUGAGAAAUAAGGGAUUCAUAUCAAUCUGUGCUUUACUUGGUGCAGGGGCAGCAUUGUGUGCGGCAGGCCCCGCUGUUGCUGCUAUUGCAGCAGGGGCAGGAGUAGGAGCAGGAGUCGCUUUUGGCUACAAAAAAUACUAUAAAAAAUAGGCAUCAAUGAACUGGAAUAUUUUCUCAAGUGUUCUCAGAAAUCUUACUGGGAAAAUGACAUUAAUUAAUCCUUCUUGGCAGGAUGCAUUAAAGUUAAUCAAUUCAGCAGUUAUUAUUAUUAUUAUUAUUAUUAUUAUUAUUAUUAUUUUUAUUAUUAUUAGUAGUAGUAGUAGUAGUAGUAUUAGUAGGGUAGUAGUAGUUGUAUUAAUAGUAUUAUUAUAUUGCCUGUUUAUGUUCAAAGUGGGCUGCUUGUCUGCAGCAGCUUUUUAUUAAUGACAAUGAUAUUCCCAAAUCUACAUUUGAUAAAUUGGACAGGCUCAUUUCAAAAUUAAUAUGGCAAGGAAAGCGACCAAGACUAAAAACAUUACAGCUACUUAAAUCACAUGGAGGGCUGAAACUUCUGAACCUAAGAUAUUUUUUCCGGGCUGCACAGUUAAAACCUUUAACAAUAUGGAUUCAGGAGUUUUCAUAUACGCGCUGGCUCAACAUGUCUUAUGUAAAAUUGUAAAAAAGAAAAUGUAAAAUUCUGUAAAUAUAGGAUGGCAUCGCUUUUUAAAUUGGGUUAUUCAGUUCAUACUGCAUAAUUGUUAUAUAGCGCUAUUUUCCCCCUUUUACUUGCAUCUACAUUUCUAUCCCCAAUUAAUUGCAUUGAAUUAACGUCAGCCAUCCUAGGUAAUAUUAAACACAGACAGCUCCUAACCUAACGCAGGCAAUAAUUAUUAACAUGUGGAACGACAAUAGGACUGUGAGCUUUGUUUACACUUUACAGUUCCGUUUUAAUGCUGGCAUUUCGUCUCUGCUUGAUUAUACACAAACGUUGUUGUUAAACCUACAAAUAGAACAAACUAAUCUUUCUGAACGAUUCAUGUCUAAACUCAGUAGCUAUUCACAUACCGAACUGUCAAUUGUACGUGCUGAAACACAAUUUCAGCUUGUGGACUGAGAUAAUUAAAUUAAUUAACUGAACGGCUUCCCUUCGUCGUCCCUAUUGGUCAGUGCUCUGUGUUUAAUUUCGUUAAAAAUCUAAAUAAAAAGAGAGAGGACAAAUCUCCUGUCCUCCUCCAGAUCACCAGCAGAGGGCAGCAGGUUUGCACGUAAUUAAUACAAACCUGAGCAAAUGAGACUUACCCGGCCUCCGAAUAACACCGAGUAAGACUCUGUUUGUUAGAGAGAGUGAGCAUGCGCACAUUGAUUUGAGCGAUGCAUUACAUUACAUUAAUGUAAUUUGGCUGACGCUCUUAUCCUGAGCGACUUAGAGUUGAUUUUAGACUAAGCAGGAGACAGCCCUCCCCGGGAGCAAUGCAGGCUUAAGGGCUGUUAUUGUGCCACAAAAAUCAAUGCAACUCAUCACUUCCUUUCUGUUAAAACACCUUUGAAGAUGGUCAGCCAGCCUUAGAAUAUUAUCUGUCAUACACCUUUGCACCCUGCCUGAUGCAUCCUCAAGGGCCUCAAGGCAUCAACACAUUGACGGUGGUUAGGGUGAGUUUUCUAGUCUUCACUCUGAAGCACUUUAGAGUGUCCAGAAAAGUACUAUAUGAAUGCAAUGAUCUCUCUCUAUGUUACCAAAGUGCCUAGCUAGCUUGCUAACGCGGCUACUGUUGUAGUGACUGGCUGGUUAAAUUCAGUGAUUUUCGUUCUUUUCAACAGUUAGCAUAGUACAGCAAACAAAGUAGACGAAGGACAUUUUUCCAUAGAUCGAAGGAUAUUUUCCUUCAACCGACAGCUGUUUUCAAUAUGUCGUCUGAGGUCCAUGAACUGACGAUCGUUUUCCUGAGAUGUCGUCUGAGAACUGGUUCUCUUAUCUUUGUGACUUCCCUGCAGUACAUUAUUCAGCAACAAAGACGAUAUUUUCAUCCAUGAAUUUGGUGAAUUUUAAUUGAGCUAAUUUUCUUGAGCCAAUAGGUUGGUGCUCAUUCGGUAAAAGACAACAAUACACCCUGGACCAGUCACCAAUUUAUCGCAAGGCACACUCACCAUUCAUGCAAACCCAAAGCACCUUUGGGGCUUGUUUGAAGAGUCUAAUUUGUGUGCGUUCUUCUUCCUUUGUAUAAUUUGUGUGUUUGGAGUAAUUUUUUUGGAUGGUGUUAAUUUGUAUAAUUUACUAUUUCAUGAGGGAUUAUACCUAGUUGUUUUUGUAUAGACUACUUGGUGUGUUCCUUAACCAUAUCAAGCAUUACAGGAUCAUUCUGUUAUCCUUGCCCGAGGUGGAUGCACCAAGUACUAAACCACUAUAAUUCCACUAUAAUUAUGGAACCGUUAUUUUGGUGAAAUCGAUUUUUUUUUUAUAAAUUAAAGUUUGAUUUUGGAUGGCUCAGUUGAAACAUUUAUGAACAGUAUUUUUCACAGGUAGGCAUUUUUAAUUUUAGUAUUUUUGUGCAUUGCCUGUGAGGGGAACCCACUGUAUUUUACUUUACAUGAUGUUUAAUUUUUGUUUAAGUAAUAUAAUUGCGAUGUUCUGUUGCAAAAGCUUUUUUUGGUCAGACCGGCCUUCUGUAAAAUGUGUGAAUAAAAAUCACAUUUAUAAAUCAAACAA